AUGAAAGUAGUUUUUGCAGCCAUGAGUGAGAGGCCGCAGCCACUGAAGGCUAUCAACAGGUUCUUUGAGGGCAAAGAACCAUGGCAAAUAGUUACCAUAACUGCAUCCUCUGUGCUUGCUAUUGUGUGGGCACACAGUCUGUAUAACGGAAGAGAGAGCGUACCAACAAGACUACGGAAGGAAUUCUUCCGUUGGCUCCGUCGAGUACCGAUGGUGCGGCGUAAGAUUGAGGAGAAAAUGUCGGAGAUAAAGCGAGACUUUAGAAGGGACGUGGCCAAGCGUUUAGCUGGCAUGACGAUAAGGCGCGAAAUACCGGACGUUGGCCUGUCAGCGGAACAGAUCGCGGAGGAAAUCAAGGAUCAUCUUACAUUGGGCGCCUAUGACUGGAAAGGCGGGAACGUAUCCGGCGCCGUGUACCAUCUGAGCGAGGAAAUAUCCAAGGUGGCGUGUGACGCGUACUCGCUGACCGCCUACACCAACCCACUACACGCCGAUGUGUUCCCCGGCAUAAAUAAGAUGGAAUCCGAGAUUGUACGAAUGGCCAUCAACCUGUUCCACGGAGACGAGGAGUGCUGUGGGACUGUGACAUCUGGAGGAACGGAAUCUAUAAUAAUGGCGUGUAAAGCCUUCCGGGACCUCGCGUAUAGCAAGGGAAUAAGCAAUCCGCAAAUAAUCGUGCCGUCGACGGCACAUUCGGCUUUCGACAAGGCUGCUCAGUAUCUCAACCUGUCCGUAGUCACGAUACCCGUCUCCGAGGACACGUACACAGUCGACGUAGACGCUGUGAGGAAUGCCAUAGGACGCAGAACUUGCUUGAUCGUGGGCUCGGCGCCCAACUACCCGUACGGCACGAUGGACGACAUCGGCGCGCUGUCGGCCUUGGCCGCGGAGUGCGGCGUGCCGCUGCACGUGGACGCGUGCCUGGGCGGCUUCGUGUGCGCCUUCAUGGCGCGCGCCGGACACCAGCUGCCGCCCUUCGACUUCCGCCUGCCCGGCGUCGCCAGCAUCUCCGCCGACACGCACAAGUACGGUUACGCGCCGAAGGGUACCUCUGUGGUUCUGUAUCGGCGGAGCGAGUACCGUCACUGCCAGUACACCGUCACCACCGAGUGGCCCGGCGGCGUCUACGGCUCACCCACCGUCAACGGCAGCAGGGCGGGUGGGUUGAUCGCGGCGUGUUGGGCCACCAUGAUGUUCGUGGGGAAGGCAAAGUACGUGCAGAUGACCGACGAGAUUAUCACCACCGCCAAAUAUAUCGAAAGCGAAUUACGAAAGAUAGAGGGCCUGUUCAUCUUCGGCAAACCGGCCGCUACCGUGAUCGCCUUCGGCUCCAAGCAGUUCGACAUAUUCAAGCUGGCUGAACUCCUGCACAAGAAGGGCUGGGCUUUGAACGCGCUGCAGUUCCCCUCGGGAGUGCACAUUUGCGUGACGCACGCGCACACGCAGACGGGCGCGGCCGAGCGCUUCGUGGCCGACGUGCGCGACGCCGCGCGCGUCUGCUGCAGCCAGGGCGUCCAGCCCGUGCACGGGAAAAUGGCGAUCUACGGGGUAGCCCAAGAAAUAUCGGACAGAAGUCUGGUGUCCGAUAUCACGAAACAUUACAUUGACUCGACGUACUAUUUACCGAAGCCGGAGGACCAAUAA